AUGAGUUUGAUAUUUACUGAUGUGGAAGAGGCUGGUGUUUGGGCCGCGACAAAAUGUGCAGAUGGAGGAAUGGAGAGGCUACGAAUCAUAGGGCAAUGUGUUGGGCUGCAAUCAGAAGCGCAUGAUGCAGCCAAGCUGCAAUUGGUGCUACGGAACUUGAGGGAAUUGAGCUGUAAUAAUUACUUAGGUGAAUUGAAAGUAGCAGUGGGAGAAACGUGCUACGAAAAAUGCAUAGGUGGGAAAAGACUAUUGGAAGGAAGUAUCUGCGACAUGAUGUGUUGCACUUUGAAUGGGGUGAUCGAGGUCAUGGAUUUGAAAGUUUGGUCCCUCACAGACCUGAAGGCCUUCAGGCUUUUUUGGCAUAGUGAAGCCGGAACUAUGUGGAGAGAAGUUAGCGCAGGAUACACAUCCUGA